UUAUAACAAAAAUAAAAUGAAGAGGAGGACACACCAGGGGAAGAGCCUCGCUCCUUUACAAAAGACAUUCGCUACGAGUAAGCCUAGCAGGCCAUACCAGAGAUUUAAACCUCCAAAAAUGGCAGGAACUGGGGCUGAUCCUAACGGGAGCUUCUUAGAGUUUAUUAAAAAGGAUUGAGCUCGCCCUAUAAAUGUUAGGAAGGACCAUAUAAAACCUGAUAUUAAUAAGAAUCAUUUCGAUACUUUGCAGAAGAAAUGGGCCGUUGGCACAAAAACAUCUAUUGUCGAGAAGGUCGAUGGUGAGGGUAAACUUAACAGAGACUUCAAACCUGUCUCAAGACAUUAUAUGAAAACGGACCAUAUCAGUGUAGUCCCACCUGCUAGAGAUAGGCCAUUUCAAAAGGUUUAUGAUAAAAUUCUCACAAAGCCAGCUUAUAAUAGGAAUAAUGAGUGCAGAAAUAUAUGGGUUCCUAAAGCUUAUGAGCAGAAAUCUAUGAACAAUAGAUCAAGUGUAAGCCACAAUAUUGUUACUCACAAAGAAAAUUCUUCAUCAGGAGCCCUCGUUGUGGGAGUCCUUGAUAAGAAAGUUUGCAACAGGAAGAAAGGAAUAGUUGAAAUUGCAGAUGCAAAUAGAGUAACUGCUUUAAAAAGUAACAAAGAUUAUAUGGACGCUCUUAAGACCAAUCCCCAUCAAUUCAAAAGAUCAAAUGGAGUAUUCUCCCAUUUAUAUGACGCAGCUCAUAGAUUUGGAGAAGACAAGCCUUUUAAAGUUUAACAGAUACUUGCUUAAAAUAUGGUCAUUCUA